GCCCCCACCUCCCUCCUGCGUUCACGGGAGCGCGCUCCUUGUGCUUCCCUCUUUGCCGCCCCUUCCGCCCACUCGCCGGCCCCGCCGGCCUUCCGGUGACUCUGCUCGGGGUUGCCAGGUUCAGACACCUCCGUCUCCCCGCGGGAAGAGCGUUGGAGACCCGGCUCUGGAGUGUAGAUCAUCAAAACUUAAGCCACUAAACGCUGCCCUAGACCAAAUUCCUAACCUGACUGUAAAGAGAGGACUGUUCCUCCUCAGCCUCAUUUGAGAAGCAGGCUACUGCAAAGAGUUCAGAUCCAGAAGCUGCUGCCCAUCGCAGAGCUAUCUCUAGACGAAUGAGGUCCGGCGGGCCUUAGUCCAGAUUCCUUGCGAGGGUCGAAAUGCGAUGCCGGCAGGCGUCUCUGUUAAAGUAUCUGGCAAGGAAAACUUGUCCCUCGAUGGAGCGCGUGCAGCCAGACAGGCACCCAGGUUCGGGCCACGGAGGGAGAGAAGAACGAGAGCCAAAGUACUUGCAGGUCAGGGACUGCAGAGGAGAAGCCGCACCCUAGCCCUCGAGGUCCCUUGUACUCCACUCAAACGGCCACCCCACCGGCUGAAUAACGAAGGCCGCGACGAGGGAGCCUUCACACGUCGGGAAAAAGCGUACGCGAGGCUAGCAGGAUGUACAGUUUUUAUCACAGGUGCAAGCCGUGGCAUUGGCAAAGCUAUUGCAUUGAAAGCAGCAAAGGAUGGAGCAAACAUUGUCAUUGCUGCGAAGACCACCCAUGUAAACCCCAAACUUCCAGGCACAAUCUUUACUGCUGCUGAAGAGAUUGAAGCGGCUGGAGGAAAGGCCUUGCCAUGCGCUGUUGAUGUGAGAGAUGAACAGCAAAUCAGUAAUGCAGUGGAGAAAGCAGUGGAGCGAUUUGGAGGAAUUGAUAUUUUGGUGAAUAAUGCCAGUGCUAUCAGCUUGACCAACACAUUGGAAACACCUACGAAGAGAGUGGAUUUGAUGAUGAAUGUCAACACCAGAGGCACCUUUCUGACAUCUAAAGCAUGUAUUCCUUACUUGAAAAAGAGUAAAAUUGCUCAUAUACUCAAUCUCAGCCCACCGCUGAACCUAAAUCCACUGUGGUUCAAGCAGCACUGUGCUUAUACCAUUGCUAAGUAUGGAAUGUCUAUGUGUGUGCUUGGAAUGGCAGAAGAAUUUAAGGGUGAAAUUGCAGUCAAUGCAUUAUGGCCUAAAACAGCCAUCCACACCGCUGCUAUGGAUAUGCUGGGAGGAUCCGGCAUUGAAAGCCAGUGUAGAAAAGUUGAUAUCAUUGCAGAUGCUGCCUAUUCCAUUUUUAAAAAGCCAAAAACUUUUACUGGAAACUUUAUAAUUGAUGAAAAUAUCUUAAGAGAAGAAGGAAUAAAAAAUUUUGACAUCUAUGCAAUUAAACCAGGCCAUCCUUUGUUACCAGAUUUCUUCUUAGAUGAACACCCAGAUACAAUUACCAAGAAAAUGGAAUCACAUGAUGCUGUUCCAGAGUUGAAAGAAAAGAAGUCACAGCCACCACCAAAACCACGUUCUGGAGCUGUGGCAGAAACAUUUAGAAUUGUUAAGGACUCUCUCAGUGAUGACGUUGUGAAAGCCACUCAAGCAAUUUAUCAGUUUGAACUCUCAGGCGAAGAUGGUGGAACGUGGUUUCUUGAUCUUAAAAGCAAAGGCGGGAACGUCGGAUAUGGAGAGCCCUCUGAUCAGGCAGAUGUGGUGAUGAGUAUGUCUACUGAAGAUUUUGUAAAAAUGUUUUCAGGGAAACUAAAACCAACAAUGGCAUUCAUGUCGGGAAAAUUGAAGAUUAAAGGAAACAUGACCCUAGCAAUCAGAUUGGAGAAGCUAAUGAAUCAGAUGAAUGCCAGGCUGUGAAGGAAAAGGAAAAAAAAAAAAUGUCAAUCACUAAGCUCAAAAAGUAAAAGAGAUCAACAGUUAAAAUCUGUUUGUUUUUUUCCCUUUUGUAUUAUAAGGAUAUGCAAGUUUGUUCUGGAAAAAAUAGAAUUUCUGUAUCUAUAAGACUUGAAAUUGUAAUUAAAACAGCUAGCUAAUCAAACAUAAGCUUCAUUAAGUGGAAUUGUAAGACAGUCUGCCUAUCGAAUUUUGUGAGUUUUGCCGUCUGAGAGCUAGAUUUCAUUCACUGUGGGAAAGGUAUGAUGAGCAACUAAUCAUGUUCAAGCAGUAAAAUUAGCUCUUUUCAACACUUCUUCCCUUACAAAAGGUGGUUAGUCUGUUUUAAAUUUUUCGGUUUGGGAUUUAUGCUAAUGAAAUCUUAAUGGUAUUUUAGAUUUUUAUAUACUUGUUUUAAGGAAGAUCUUCUACAACCCAUUUUCACAGAAAUCACAUAAGCUGCCCUAAUACUGUUUGUGAAGACUAACGAAACAAAGAUGGUUUUUCAUUCUAACUAGCUUUCCAGGUGUAAGUUACCUAUUAUUAAUGUAAUUCCGCUAAUGUAAUUCAGUAUUAUCCUCUUGUUAAAUGUGUAAAAAUAUCUUAAAAUAAAACAAUUUCUCCCCAGAA